UGAAACAAAAUGGCACAAUCCGCUGGAAAAAUGUCUUGUGGAGAAAGUCAAUCAUGCACAAGUUUGACUUCAGUUAGUCAUCAUAAAUCUUGUGACGACAAGUGCAGGCGCGUGUUGUCUUCAGUUUCUUCCUGACGACACAUUUGCCAGUGAGUGUUCAGCAAGCUUGUUCUUGCAGUGGAACAAAAUGGCACAAUCCGCUGGAAAAAUGUCUUGAGGAGAAAGUCAGUUCUGCACAAGUUUGACUUCAGUUAGUCAUCAUAAAUCUUGUGACGACAAGUGCAGGCGCGUGUUGUCUUCAGUUUCUUCCUGACGACACAUUUGCCAGUGUGUGUCAGAAACCUGUGAUAUGCAUAUUUGAGCUUCACACCGCAAUAGACACAUGUGAAGAGUCCCGAACUGUCUUCCCCAUUUGCAUCCACUGGCAGAAACCCAUAACAGCUAGUACAGAUGUAGGAUGGUUGGCUCAUUCUGUAAAAUAAAUCAAACACACAUAGUAACACAGAAUACAAUCAUAAUUACAUGAACAUACAUUCUAAGUUUCAAAACGCAAAACAGAACCCAAAUACACUUAAACCAAUUUAUCAUAAUAAUCAUGUAGCUUACCUCUAGGGCUUGUAAAUUUUCACUGAAGAUUUUGUAUACUAGUUUGCAGAGAGACAUUACCUCUCUGUAAACAGCGUUAAUGGUGUUGUAUAUACACACCUAACUAAUUGGAACAGCAGAGGGGUGAAGAAGUCAAUAUCCAUGACCUCCGAGGUGUUCAAGUUGCUCAUGGGGUUGGCGAAGGACUACAUCGCUAAAGUGGAGGAAUUUCAGAUGCUGCAGCACCUGCCGGCUACUAUCCCCGAGCCGAACAUAGUACUUACACCAGCAGUUGAUCCUCUCACGAGUGUGUCGUCGCAGGACACAAGACGGGCCUUCACCAACGUCACAAGCAGUGUCCCACCGCAGGCUCUAAUUCCACCAACUGGACAAGGACGGCCAACGUCACCGUCUCCCAUGAACCAACCAGGUAGCAUGAUGGCACCACCAACCCCAUAUGCAGGACCAGGUCGGGUGAACAGACCAACGCCAUAUUCACGCUUGUCAGCAUCUGCCAACGGACAACCUACAGAUUGGUAACCAGUAGGUCCACAGAGACGAUACUGCCCGAACAGUACACGACAUGGGUGUGUGCAACUACCGCUUGUGUAAUUCUGAAUAAAAACAACCCAUUAACUUCA